AUGACGCCGAAACCCGUCCUCAUCUCCGGCGCCGGCCUGGCCUCUCUUCUUCUCGCGCGCUCGCUCCUGCGUUCCAACAUCCCCUUCCAAGUCUUUGAGCGCGAUGCCUCGCUCUCCUUCCGCGGUCAGGGCUACCGCCUGCGUCUGUCCUCCGAGGGUCUCGACGCGAUCGAAUCCGUCCUGGACCCUCCCUCGUUCCAGCGCUUCUAUGAUCGUUGCGGGAAGACCGCGGGUAGUGGGUUUGUGGGCUUCGAUGCUGUCACGGGCGAAGUGGUUGAGGAGCACAGAAUGGGCGAGAAUCUCGGUUCGCGAGAGGGCAAGAUCGUCGGGAUUGCGCGCGGAGAUAUGAGACGUUUGUUCAUGGAAGGGUGCGAGGAGUUUGUGCAAUUCAGAAAGGACGUCAAGGGCUAUGAGCUGACCGACGAUGGAGUUCGAGCCGUCUUUGCCGACGGGACGAAAUCUGUCGAAGGGUCCCUCCUCGUCGGCGGGGAAGGCAUCAACUCGACUGUUGCCAAACAGGUGUCUGGCGGUCGUCUCAAAGUCUACGAUCUCGGCGCUCGAGGCAUCCACGGACAGGCACCGACCGCGGCCUUCAAAACGCUGGGCGAAGGCGUCUUCCGAAUCGUCGACACCUCCAACCCUCGCGGGCCCGUCUCCAUCAUCACCAACGUCCGUCCAAAUGACAUGGACGACCCCACUGUCGAGUUCGGGUGGACCAUGGUGGGCGUGCCCGGUGUCGUCAAGGCACCCAAUGACGACUACGCCAUCGUUGGUAAGGUAGCGGCCGAUAUUGCCAAGUCGUUCACGAAAGAUUGGAACCCGCGCUUCAAGCCGCUAUUCGACCAGAUGAAUGAGUCCGAGGCCGCGUUUUGGAAAAUCACAUGCUCGACGCCAAGCGGUGUGCCCGAAUGGCCCAACGAGCCGCGUGUAACGGUUCUUGGCGAUGCGGCGCAUAGCAUGACGCCCGCCGGCGGCAUAGGCGCUAACACCGCUGUCCGGGAUUCGGCGUUGCUGGGCCGAUUGCUGCGCGAGGCCGGCGGGUAUAAAGAGGGCGUCACGGCAGCUUACGAAAGGGAGAUGAGAGUCUAUGCCAGCGAAGCCGUGAAGGCAAGCUACGGUAUGGCCGCCAAAGCGUUUCAAAUCCACAUCGACGAGUCGCCUCAAACACUUUGA